ACUAAUAAUCCACUAUUUGAAUCUUCCCCUGUAAUUAAAGUAUAUAUAUAUUAUUACCUUUACAAUAUAUAUAGUCCAUUUAUAAAAGGCAGUUGUACCUUUUCUAUCUAUACUAUAAUUAGUAAAAUAUUGAUGUAUUUUAUUUCCCCAAUUGUUGCUUAAUUGUCAGCAUCACUACCUUCUCUUUGAACCAAAGGAUCCCUAUAUGCUACUAUACCUUUCUCAAGCUUUGCUUUAUACAGAUUUAACAGAGAACGAAACGGCAUCCUAUGGGUCCAUACCUUUGGUCUUCUUCCACCCAUACGUAACCCUCAAUAUUUUCGAGUAACAGAGUGAGAAACAAUAGGCAUCUUUAAAGAGAACUCUGUCGUGCUUCAUUAUAGCUUCCACCUGUUCGAUGAAAUGCCUCAACGAAAAUAACACAUAUGAUUAUUCAAACAUGAUUCUUUUUGCUCGUUGAGAAAAUUAUAUAUUCAGCAAUGUCUCCGCUCAAAGUUGUCUCAUUUAUCUGCAAGACUUUGACAAGAAAAUUACAUUCCCAAAAUCACUUGCUUCAUCAAAAUCUAAGACCAAAUUUAAUAGCAUCCACACAUAUUUAUGGUCUAGCCAGCACAUGUGAAUUAAAAUAUCUUUUUGCUACAAGGGUAUCAUUUAUCUUGAGCAAAAGUUCAAGAUAUUGGUUACCAUAUGUGUCCUUUCAGCGGUUUUACAGCAACAACAACAUACCCAGUGUAAUCCCACAAGUGGAGUCUGGGGAGAGUAGUGUGUACGCAGACCUUACCCCUACCUCGGAAGAAAGAGAGGCUGUUUCCGAUAGACCCUCCGGUCAAAAGCCCUUUAAAAAUGCUGCAUUUUCUUCAUUGGAGGAAACAACGGAAAGCUAUAGCGAUGAUCCCGUUGAUAAGGUUUACAAGGUUGUUAUGGAUUACUCUAAUCCAGGGCAUAAGAUGGAGAGAGCUCUCGAUAAGCUCGAAAUAGAAUUAACAACGCCGUUGGUGGUGGAGGUCUUGCAAAAGCUUCGUUAUGAAGAGAAGUUAGCGUUUAGGUUCUUUACGUGGGCAGGACAUCGAGAAAAUUAUAGCCAUGAGCCCCAAGCGUAUAAUGAGAUGAUGGAUAUAUUAUCCAGUACUAAAUAUAAGGUGAAGCAGUUUCGCAUUGUUUGUGAUCUACUAGACUACAUGAAGAGAAAUGAUAAGAGUUUGGUUCCUUUAGAAGUGUUGUUGAAAAUUCUUAGACAGUAUACUGAAAAGCAUUUGACACAUCUUCAUAAAUUUGCUAGGAAGAAGAAGAUAAGAGUGAAGACACAACCAGAAGUAUAUGCCUUUAAUUUGUUGUUGGAUGCUUUGUGUAAGUGCUGCCUUGUCGAGGAAGCUGAGGCGUUGUUUAAGCGAGUGAAGAGUAAGGUUAAGCCAACUGCUGAUACUUAUAACAUUCUUUUUUUCGGUUGGUGUCGUGUUAGAAACCCGGAUAGAGCUAUGAGCGUUCUUGAACAGAUGAUCAACAUAGGACAUACACCCGAUAACUUCACAUAUAAUACUGCCAUUGAGACGUUUUGCACCGCAGGAAUGGUAACGCAGGCUGCUGAACUUCUCGAGUUCAUGAGAACUAAAGGUUCGACCAUGUCUUCUCCGACUGCAAAAACUUAUACUAUUAUGAUUGUGGCUCUUGUUCAGAAUGAUAUGAUGGUAGAAUGUUUCAAAGUUCUGGGAGAUAUGUUAAAUAGUGGAUGUGUUCCUGAUGUUUCGACAUACAAGGAACUGAUCGAAGGUAUGUGUUUGGCUGGAAAGACCGAGGCAGCUUAUAAGCUUUUGGAAGAGAUGGGAAAUAAGGGCUACCCUGCUGAUAUAGUUACCUACAACUGUUUUCUUAACGUCCUUUGUGACAAUAAAGAGAGAGACGAAGCGCUUAGGCUUUAUCAGAAAAUGACUGAAGUGGGCUGUAUUCCCAGUGUACAAACGUAUAAUAUGCUAAUUGUGAUGUUCUUUAGAAUGAGUGACGUCGAUGGAGCAUUUGAGACCUGGCAUGAGAUGGCUAAGAGGGGUUGUGUGCGUGUUACAGAAACAUAUUGUGUGAUGAUUGAAGGGCUUUUUGAUAACAAUGCCACUGAAGAGGCAUGUUUUCUUUUGGAAGAAGCUGUAAACAGGGGUAUGAAAUUGCCAUACAGCAAAUUUGACUCGUUUUUAAUGCGGCUUUCAGCUAUUGGUGAUCUACGAGCCAUUCAUAAACUGUCAGAGCACAUGAGAACUUUCUAUAACCCUGCUAUGGCGCGACGUUUUGCCAUCAAUCAGAAGCGGAAGAGCAUGAGCUUAAGAGGGAAGUGAAAAUAACUUAUGUUGUCUUAUUAGCACCUAUGUUGCUCAAGACUCUUCAAAAACGUCGAGGGGUGUGUGUCGGAUCAUCCAAAAGUAGUGCAUUUAUGGAGGAUCCGACAUGGGUACAUCUAACAUUUUUGGAGAGUCCGAGCAACAUAGAUUGACACGACGUUUGGAUGGCGUGUUUCUUUGUACGAAUUGUGUUGUGUCGUUAAACAGAUUAAUUUUAGAAAGUGACUUGUACCAGAUUGGGAUUGGAAUUCGAACUGGAUAGUGACAACAGCAUGGCCCUUCACAUUGGGAAUAAAGAUUAAUUUAUAUACAGUAAAGUGUGAAGACCUUUUUCAAUAUACUUAUGUUUGAGGCUAUCUGUCCAUGUAGAUGGAGGAAAGUUGACAUAUUCAAUGGCUAGCAAUUUGGAGAUCAACCAAAGUGGGAUAAGAUAUGCAACAAAGAUUUGGACUUAUUACCUCUUUGACAGAGAGUAGAUUGUAAUCUUCCUAAUGGUUCUGAAAACUAAUUUGGAGUGAAGUUAAUGAUGCUUUUGCUA